CUCACUCGCUCUCUCUCAUUCUCCAUUCUCUCUCUCUCUCUCUCUCUCUCUCUCUCUCUCUCUCUACCUGAGGAACCCUAGUUUCCGAAACCCUAGAAAGACGAAGGAAGAAGAAGCUGUAGAAGGAGCGAAGAUGCAAGGGUUUCCCGGAGGGCUCCCGGAUUUGGCCCAUCUCCAGGCCACCAUGAACGCGAUCGAGCACGCUUGCUCUCUAAUCCAGAUGCAUAUGAAUCCGGCUGAAGCAGAAUCGGUUAUCGCGUCGCUGCAUUCUUCUCAUAUGCCUUAUCAGACGUGCCGAUUCAUUAUUGAAACUUCUAAAGUACCGAAUGCAAGGUUUCAGGCUGCUGGAGCAAUCGGAGAUGCAGCAAUAAGGGAAUGGGGAAUUCUAAUAGAUGAGAACAAAAGAAGUUUGAUCAUAUUCUGCCUGCAGUAUGUCAUGGAGCAUGCGAGUGCCCCUGAUGCCUAUGUACAAUCAAAAGUUUCCGCUGUGGCUGCUCGAUUGUUAAAAAGAGGCUGGCUAGAAUUUCCUGAAGCGGAGAAGGCAGCUAUUCUUUUUGAGGUGAAGCAAUCUAUUUUGGGCAACCAUGGCUCUGGCCCACAGUUUGUAGGGAUCAAUUUUGUGGAAUCCUUGGUGUCAGAAUUCUCACCUUCAACCUCCUCUGAUUUGGGCCUUCCUAGAGAGUUCCAUGAGCAGUGCCAAUCUUUUCUGGAGAUGAACUAUUUGAAGGAGUUCUAUUGCUGGGCCCAAGCUGCUCUGUUAAGUGUCUCAAACAAAAUUUUAGAACACCCUACAAGUGUUCCAGAAGAAAAAGUUUGUUCUGCAGCCUUGCGUCUCAUGUUUCAGAUCUUGAACUGGGAUUUCAAGCAUACUGCUAAUGAACCUGACAACUCUCAUUCUAGAAUAAAUACAUUGACAUCUGGGAUUAGGCAUGACGCUGUAAUGCUGAAGAAAUUUGAUCAUUCGUUGGUAAAGCCAGGGCCUACUUGGAAUGAUGUUUUGAUAUCAAGUGGUCAUACUAGCUGGCUUUUGAAUUUUUAUGCUACACUCCGGGAAAAAUGUUCGUACGACACUCUUUGGAUUGAUUCUCCUAUUGCAGUGUCCGCUCGGCAACUUAUAGUGCAACUUUGCUCCUUGGCAGGAGCUGUGUUUCCUUCUGAUAAUGGAGAGACACAAAUUAAGCACAUUGCACUAAUAUUGUCAGCUAUCAUUCAGUGGAUUGAUCCUCCUGAUGUUAUUUCAGCAUCAAUUCAAUCCGGACAAAGUGAAAGUGAGUUCAUUGACGGUUGCCAUGCAUUGCUUUCAAUGGCAUCUUUAACUAGUGCCAUGCUUUUUGACAACCUCCUAACGUCUGUAAGGCCUUAUGGUACCAUUCACGUAUUGUCCUCCUUGACUUCUGAAGUUGUUAAGAUCCUUACAGUCAACCAGGAUGAAGAGGAAACAUGGAGUGCUGAUGCUCUUGAUAUAUUGUUGGAGACAUGGAGUGUCACGCUUGGGCAAAUGGAUGGUGAUAAGACUAUACUCCCCCAUGAUAGAGUAUUUGCAGCUUCCAGUUUAUUUAAUACUAUUGUAGAGUCGCAUUUAAAAGCUGCUGCUGACUCUGCCCUUGAUGAAAAUGAUGAUACGGAGUACUUUCAUGCCUCUGUUUCAAAACGAGAUGAAAGGUUAGCCUCGUAUGCUCUCAUUGCACGUGCAGCAGCUGACAUGACUGUUCCUUUUCUUGUUCGACUGUUUUCAGAACGGUUUUCCUUGCUGAGUCAGAGAAUUUCUGGAAAUGAGAGCACUCGAACACUGGAAGAGCUAUAUUGGCUCUUAUUGAUAACUGGUCAUGUUCUCACUGAUUCAGGCGAAGGCGAGACUGCGCUUGUUCCAGAAGCGUUACAAGCUGGUUUUUUGAAUGUAGUCGAAGCAGUACAUCAUCCUGUUGUUGCAUUGUCCUGGUCAAUUAUACAAUUUUCCAGGCAGUGUUUGGAUACGGAAAUGAGAUCAAUGUACUUUAGUCCUCGACUAAUGGAGGCAGUGAUAUGGUUCCUUGCUAGAUGGGUUGCUACAUAUUUGCUUCCGCUUGACACGCGCAAGGAACAAAUCAGCACAACAUAUCAUGAUGAUGGGAGUCAGCAUGAGUCUCAAUUUUCUAGAAAGAUUUUACUAACUUUUGCAGUGGAGCAUAAUCAAGUAGAUUUCGUGCUUGAUUCUGUUGUUCGCAUCUCUGCGGCCACUCUUACUUUGUAUCCUGGAGAGAAUGAGCUGCAGGCACUCACAUGUCAAAAACUUCUUGCAGCACUUGUUAGACAUAAGCAGAUCUCUGUCCGGCUGCUUCUACUGGACUCUUGGCGUGAUCUUGCAAGAGCUUUUGCAAAUGAGAGAGCCUUAUUUUCAGUAAAUGCUCGUAUACAACGUUCCCUUGCAGAAACACUUGUUUGUGCAGCUUCCUUCAUAAAAGAUUCUGAGGCAUCUGCUCAGUAUUUGAGAGAUCUCUUGGGACCAAUUGUAGCAUGCCUUGUAGAUAACUCCAGUAGGAAUGAUCUCAAGGCUGUUGCACAGCAAGCAGAUGCAAUAUAUAUGGUCAGUUGCUUGCUGGAACGGUUGAGGGGAGCGGCUAGAGCUACUCAGCCUCGAACUCAAAAGGCUUUGUUUGAGAUGGGCCAUAGCAUGAUGAACCCUUUAUUAACUCUUCUAGAAGCAUACAAGAAUCAGUCUGCAGUUGUGUACCUGAUACUGAAGUUUGUAGUUGACUUUGUUGAUGGACAAGUUGUGUAUCUUGGUGCUAAAGAAACAACAAUUUUGAUCAACUUCUGCUUGAGAUUGCUUCAGAUAUACUCCUGCAAUAAUAUUGGUAAGAUAUCACUCUCUCUUUCUACUAGCCUGCGGAGUGAGGCACAGGUGGAGAAGUACAAGGAUUUACGUGCUUUGCUUCAGCUUCUCACAAACAUCUGUUCAAAAGAUUUGGUUGAUUUUUCAUCAGUUGGUGAUGACGAAAAUACCACAGAUAUUUCUGAGGUUAUCUAUGUUGGUCUCCACAUUGUUACCCCAUUGAUAUCUUUGGACCUUCUUAAAUACCCUAAACUCAGCCGAGAUUAUUUUGCACUUGUAUCACACAUGUUGGAAGUGUACCCAGAGAAGGUUGCUCAAUUAAAUAAGGAUGCCUUUGCUCAUGUAAUUGGGACUCUUGACUUUGGCAUACAACAUCAGGACAUUGAUGUUUUCGAGAAGUGCUUGUCAGCAGUAAAUGCUCUUGCAUCCUACCAUUUUAAACAGAGAUCUGCUGGCAAGGAAGGACUGAAUGCACAGACCGUGGAAUCUCAGGGUUCAAAUGGAAAGUUGCAGGAAAGUAUAACAAGCCACUUCCUGAGGCUGCUGAUGCAGUUACUUCUGUUUGAGGACUUCAGAAUGGAACUUGCUGGUUCUGCAGCAGAUGCUCUGCUUCCUUUGCUUUUGUGUGAGCAAGACUUAUACCAGAGGCUGGUGCAAGAACUUCUGGAGAGGCAGCCAAUUCCUGCUCUGAAAUCAAGGCUUGCAAGCGCAUUUCAUUCUCUCACAAGCUCGAACCAGCUCUCCUCCUCACUCAACAGGCCAAACCGGCAGAGAUUCAGAAAGAACCUUCAUGAAUUCUUGGUAGAAGUAUCAGGCUUUAUGAGGAUAAAGUGACCUUAAAAAGCACUAAGAUAAAUCAGGCCUAAGUUAGUUUGAGUGAAUCUGGUGAUAUUUGAGUUCACGACAUUUCCGGUGUUUUAAGUGGCUGAUUUUCUUUGCGACGGUGCCGUUGCUGGAUAAAGAAAAAAAUUGCUGAAGAGAGUCAGAGGAGAUGGGGAUGGUGAGGACGACCAAGUGUUGAAACUGUGGAUUUCAAAGUUGUUAGUGCCGAUUUUGAGGGGGGCGCUUGGCUAUUGUUUCAUUAUGCCUUGUAAAUAAUUUGUUGCGUGGAUGUAUGCUGUGUAAAAUGAUUGGACAGUGAAAGCUUACAGGAUAGAAAGACGAUUAAUUUUAGGAACAACUGUAGGGCUCACCUGAGGUUUCGGGUUUUGUUUGUUGCACUUAAUUAUUUGUUUAUAUUUAUUUAUGUUGUAAGGUUACUUCAUUAACAGUAAGUUAGAAAUGACACAUGAGCUCACAAACUAACUCAACUUACAUGUUGGCACGAAACUGAACCGGGACUCUAAUAUGUGCCAUUCCUAAUGUACUGUGAAUGGAAGAUCCGCAUGGCUUAACAUAAAGCGCAAGACAGCUUUAGAGA